AAGCAAAAACAUCAAAUAAGAAAAUGGCAACACAAGAAAAGAGUUUGAAUGAUGCCAUCACAAUCGCUGUGUCUUCACAAACACUAUUCAAUAUGAAAAAAAAGAGCCAACCUCUUUUACCCGGGGUGGCAUUUCCCUUUGUGAAGGCUCUCAUAAAUGUGAACAUACGUUUACGAAAACUCUAUCCAGACAGCAAAGAACUGUUUGACAUUGUCCUAAUGACAAACAACCAAGAUUCCCAGGAUGAACAUCUCAUCAACAGCAUCCGUCAUUAUGGUUUAACUAUUGAGAAGCUUUGCAUGAUUGGUUCAGAUAGCAUUGUGGGCCACCUGAAAUUCUACAAGACUGACCUCUACCUGUCCGAGGAUUCAGAGAAGGUUAAAGAGGCCAUAGAGGAAGGGAUUGCUGCCGCUACUAUGUCAGCCUGUGAAAAUGAGUCGGAGCUGGACAAUGAGCUACGUGUCGCCUUUGAUGGAGAUGGCGUUCUGUUCUCAGAUGAAUCCGAAAUCAUAUUCCAGACAAAAGGGAAGGAGGCAUUCAUUGAAAAUGAGAGGGCACUUGUAAAUAGGCCCCUAGAACAGGGGCCUCUGAAAGGAUUUCUGCAGGCACUGGUGAAACUUCAGCAAAAAUUCCAUGCCAGGAAGGAGAAGUGUCCCAUCCGCACAUACCUUGUGACCUCUCGGGAUAAUGAAAGUGGAAAGGCUCGUGUCCUGACGACCUUCAGAAGCUGGAAUCUGAAGGUGGAUGAAGAAGUCUACUUGACAGGAACUCCAAAAGGACCCCCGCUGCAAAAAAUCAGGCCUCAUAUCUUCUUUGAUGAUAAAAUGUCCUACAUUAUAGAAGCCCAAAAAUGGGGAACAAUCGCUGCUCAUGUACCCUAUGGAAUUGGACAGAAAUCCUGAAAAAAAUAACAAAAAGCUCUAGAGUCCAUAACUCUAUACCUUUUAGGCACCACUAUACAGUAGGUAAGAUUAUGUUUUACAGUAAAGUAAAAAUAUGGAGCUUUGGUCUAAAACUAGCAAGCCAACAACCUAUAAAGCAUGCAGAAAUCUUGAAAACACUUCCAUGAGCCCAGUUGCCAUUGACAAAAGCUUCCUAACAUGCUAACUGGUGUCUUCUGGCAAUAUCCUACUGUUAAGGCUUUUCCUACAUUUCCUGAGUGGUCCAGACCAUACAUACUCUAUAGUUAGACGGUUACUGGGAAUGACCCGUGUGUUUAUCUGUCCUUCACAUCAUCAUAUAUACCAUAAAAAUGAAAUUGAAAAAUGAAAUUGAUACCUAUAGAAGUUGCUAAUAAAAACAUACCUGAAAAAGUCACAAA